UUUAUAUGGUUAUUCUAAUGGUGGUUGUAUGUGUAGUAUCUUUCAUGCUGAUAUUUUGUCCGAUCUCCCAUAUAACAGGUAUAACAUACCAGAGUUGGCUAAAAAAUACAAGGUUUAUGCUAUAGACUUGCUGGGCUUCGGUUGGAGUGAAAAAGCACUGGUUGAAUAUGAUGCCAUGAUUUGGAAAGAUCAAGUAGUGGACUUCUUGAAGGAGAUAGUGAAAGAACCAACAGUUUUGGUUGGAAAUAGCCUAGGAGGUUUUACUGCUUUGGUUGCAGCAGUUGGAUUGCCUGAGCAAGUAGUUGGUGUUGCACUAUUGAAUUCGGCAGGACAGUUUGGAAAUGCAAAUAGUGAACCUGAGAAGUCUGACGAGGAAACAGUCCUACAGAAGUUCAUCAUAAAGCCACUGAAGGAAGUUUUCCAGCGAGUAGUACUUGGAUUUUUAUUCUGGCAAGCAAAGCAGCCCGCUCGCAUUGAAUCCGUUUUAAAGAGUGUGUACAAAAAUACCUCCAAUGUGGAUGACUAUCUGGUGGAUUCCAUAACAAUGCCAGCAGCUGACCCCAAUGCCGGAGAAGUCUACUACAGGUCAACUGUAGGAAAUCAAAUUGUCAAGGAAAAUUCUUUUUGGAAGCUGAAGACUAUCGUGGUGGUCAAUGUUUUUUUAUUCAUGUGUAGCUAGCUAAGAAUGCUCUUGUUUGGUGCAUUAUCUUGUUACUUGAAUGUAUUGAUGCUUGAAUAAUGGUACUUGAAUGAUAUAUAUGGAUUAGAGUAUUGUUUAUAUGGUAAUAUAUUGAGCAUUAUUCUGGACAAACAUUUAUAU